ACUGAAGCCUGAGCAUCCCGCUGCAGGAUAUUUCAGCUGCCAUGGACAGGAGUCUCCUCCGUCGUGCCUGCCUGAGCCCUGAGGGGACCCUGAGAGAGAUCCGGGUCAACCUGCUGGAGUGUAAAGUCUGCUUCGAGACGUUUGACUCCCAGCAGAGGGAGCGCAGGCCGCAGAACCUCUCCUGCGGACACGUUCUCUGUCUGGAAUGCRUCACGGCUCUGUCCCACCCUCUCCUCGGGAAGCUGGAGUGCCCGUUCUGCCGACAGCUGUGCAGCGCCGACGGCACCUCCCACUGCCGGGUCCUCGGUGACCUGCAGGAKCUCCUGUUCCAGAGCCCCUCUUCCUCGUCUCCUGCUCCUCCUCUUUGCAGGAGUAAAGGAGCACCUCUCUCAGCCACAGGUCUGCACCUUCGCACCGUGUUUGGAGGUUGGGGGACUCUCGUCAACCCCACUGGAGUAGCAGUUUUGGGGUCUUCGGGAGCAGUAUUCGUGGUGCACGAUGGAGCCAAGAGGGUGGUGGUGUUCAACCAGCAGGGGAGGAAGCUGAACAGUUUCGGGCGACGGGGAAAAGCCUCUGAGGACAUUUGUUACCCGGUGGACGUGGCGGUGACCCCUGCCGGUUGUGUUGUGGUGACGGACGCAGGGGAUCAAGCUGUGAAGGUUUUCACCUCCAGGGGCGUUCACGUGGUCACGGUCAAGGGUUCCUUCCAGCUGCCCUGGGGCGUGGACACAAACCGAGGCGGGCACAUCCUGGUGUCAGAUGUCCAGGCGGGCACGUUGACCCUGGUCAAAGUGGACUACAGUCACGGUGUCGUUCUAGAGCGCCACACGGCUGUAUCCGACCUUCAGUCUCCUAAAGCCGUGGCCUGUUGUCGGGUGACCGGGAACACCGCAGUCAUGGAGCAUCCAACCGAGAAGCACCGUCACAGGAAGCUGAAAGUCUUCACCGAAGAUUUCCAGCUUCUUCACCAGGUGGACAGUUUCAGCUUGACCCUGCAGUCCAGUCUGAGGCUGGACAUGUCCGCAGUGGAGUUUGRCAGAAGCGGAGACGUGAUCCUAACCGACUCCGAUCAGGGGUUGGUUUGUAGUUUAGGAAAGCUUCAGAACGACUUGGCGCUAACUCCCCUCGUGGGGAAUCAUCUUGUCCGUCCGGUCGGGUUGGUGGUCCUGAACGACACAUUCGUCAUCCUGGACGGUGGAGACCAUACUGUGAAGAUUUAUUCAGCUUAAAUCUGACAAUCCAACCACAAACUGUAUCAAGAAACCCAAAGAAGAAGAAAAACAGUGCAAACAAAUAAAGAAAAGUAAAAAGUUA